CCUCUUCAAUUCUAUUCAAACCGUCGUUUAAAACACGUCUGCUACGCAGAAGCAAUAAAAAAAGACAAAGUUUCGAUUAUUUACCAAGCAAAAAAAAGUGAAAGAGUAAAAAUGUCAAUUGUUCCACUCUUGAGUCUGGCUCGCGAUUUAGAUAGCGCCUACAGCGACUGGGACCACUUCUUGGACGAUGACUUUGGCUUUGGACUGCAUGUGAACGAGUUAUUCCACCGUCCACGUCUGGUGAUACCCCAUCACUUGCAUCGUCGCCGCUCUCACUUUUCACCCUACGAGAGAAGCCAUCAGUUGUUGCCCGCACGUCGUCGAGCCUCCGUUGGGCAGAAUUCACUGCUGCCCACUGUUGGCAAAGAUGGCUUCCAAGUGUGCAUGGAUGUGGCACAGUUUAAGCCGAGCGAGCUGUCUGUUAAGGUGCAGGACAAGACCAUUAUCGUCGAGGGAAAGCACGAAGAGCGUGAGGAUGGACACGGCUUGAUCCAGCGCCACUUUGUGCGCAAGUAUACCUUGCCCAAGGACUAUGAUGGCAACGAUGUGGUCUCCACUGUUUCCUCGGAUGGUGUGCUGACUCUAAAGGCGCCUCCACCGCCCAGCAAGGAGGCCAAAAAAGAACGAAUUGUUCAAAUCCAACAAACAGGCCCUGCACAUCUCAGCGUCAAGGCACCAGAGAGCGCUGAUGGCAAAGGGAAGAGCGAAAAUGGUAGCGAGAAAAUGGAGACAGGCAAAUAGGUGAACUUCGAAGGAGAAGCUUGGUCGAAAACUGAGUGUUGCCACACUGUUCUGAGAGUGCAAGACUAAAAUCAUACCCAUACACACACACACAUACACAUAAACAUCACAAACUACGUCACAUUUAGCUAUAAGGUAUCGAAAUGUAAAAAUUCCAUUUUGUUAGCUAUGUACAUGUAAUGUAAUUCGUAUUUUCAUCCAUUCAUGUAAAUCUAAUUUCAUGCCAUUUAAAAGAGCAGCGGCAACACUCGACCCUUAUGUAUUUGCAUUUAUGUUUACUGUGAGAAACAAAUAAAAUUAAUUUAAAAUUAAA